AUGUCGAAACGUGACGUCGUCCUCACCAAUGUCACCGUCGUCCAGCUGCUGCGACAACCAUGUCCUGUGACUAGAGCACCACCCCCACCAGCGCCCAAAGUUGAGCCGCCACCACCACCACCACCACCACCACCACCACAGCCACAGCCAAUCAAGGAAGACAUCCCACCUCCUCCACCCCCUCCACCUCCUCCACCUCCAAAGGUUCUUAUGACUCGAGAACUGACUGUUGGCAUCAACGGAUUUGGACGUAUCGGUCGCCUGGUGAUGCGUGCCUGCAUGGACAAAGGCAUUAAGGUGGUGGCAGUGAAUGAUCCAUUCAUUGACCCAGAGUACAUGGCGUACAUGUUUAAGUAUGACUCCACCCAUGGCCGAUACAAGGGGACUGUGGAAUACAAAAACGGACGGCUGGUUGUGAAUAACCAAGAGAUCAGUGUCUUCCAGUGCAAGCUGCCCAGAGAAAUCCCCUGGAAGUCUGUCGGGCGCCCCUUUGUGGUGGAGUCCACUGGCGUGUACCUGUCCUUGGAGGACGCUUCCAGCCACAUCGAGGCAGGUGCCUCACGUGUGGUCAUCAGCGCACCGUCACCAGAUGCACCUAUGUUUGUCAUGGGGGUGAAUGAAAAGGAGUAUAACCCUGCCUCCAUGAAAGUUGUCAGCAAUGCAUCCUGCACCACCAACUGCCUGGCCCCCCUUGCCAAGGUCAUUCAUGAGCGAUUUGGGAUUGUGGAAGGACUGAUGACCACAGUCCAUUCCUACACGGCUACCCAGAAGACAGUGGAUGGGCCAUCAAAGAAGGCCUGGCGAGACGGACGAGGAGCCCACCAGAACAUCAUCCCAGCCUCUACAGGGGCUGCCAGGGCCGUGGGCAAAGUCAUCCCAGACCUCAAAGGGAAGCUGACAGGAAUGGCGUUCCGGGUGCCAACCCCAGAUGUGUCUGUUGUGGACUUGACCUGCCGCCUGGCCCGCCCUACUCCAUACUCAGCCAUUAAGGAUGCCAUAAAAGCAGCAGCCAAGGGGCCCAUGGUUGGCAUCCUAGCCUACACCGAGGAUGAGGUUGUCUCUACCGACUUUAUCGGUAAUACCCACUCUUCCAUCUUCGAUGCUAAAGCUGGCAUCGCGCUCAACGACAACUUCGUGAAGCUCAUUUCCUGGUACGACAACGAAUACGCCUAUAGUCACCGGGUGGUGGACCUCCUCUGUUACAUGUUCAGCCAAGACAAGUGA